UUGGGACCCACUGAAAAGGAUGCCCAAUGAGAUUGAAUUUUUGUUAUGAAAAUGGAAAAAGGUUCGGGUGGGGAGAAGGCAGAAAUCACAAGAUGAUACAGGAAUGCACCACAGAGUUGGAUGGAGUUGGGAAGAUCUUUGUCGGUAUGCUUUUUGGACGUUUCAUGUAAGUUUUUUAUGAGCCUGACUGACACAAAUUGUACAACGCCUCGUGGUUUUUUAUGAAUCAUGGAUUUUUACAGUUUUACACAACUCCCAAACACUAAAAGCAGUGGACCUAUUUUUGUAAUAUUUGACAACCCACAAGGGCAAACUAUCUAGCCAUUAGAGCGGGCUUGCGAUUUGUCCGUUGUUUCUUUUAAAUUUCAAAAAUCGAACGGCUUCUUUGGACCAGUAACCAGCCCCCACCAAUACCACAUCACCCACUUCCUCUAUCUCUUUUCCCCACGUCUCUCUCUCUCUCUGGUACUUCACGUUUUUUUUUUUUUUUCCUUCUUUUUCGAGUCUCUCUCUGUUUUUUCUCUCCCCCCAAACUGUUUGUUCUUUGGGUUUAAUUUUCUUCAGCCCCAAAAAAAAAAAAAAAAAAAGGAACGAAACUUUCAUUGGUAUAGUGAGUCCAUGAUUCCAGUGAUACCCACCUACUUUCUCUGAUCAAGCUCUGUUUUCAGGCCUUUUUUUUUUUUGUAGCUCAAUCUCUUUUAGAAGUCAAACAUUGUUGUUGCUUCUUCUGCUUGAGCUGGGAUUCUAUUUAUACAAAUGGGUGCUUCAGGAAAAUGGGUCAAAGCUUUUAUAGGUCUCAAAAAGCCCGAGAAGGACGAGCAUGAGAAGGUGAGUGGGAAAAGCAAGAAAUGGAGGCUAUGGAGAGGUUCAUCGGGGGAUUUGGGAUCUGCAUGGAAGGGUUUCAAAGGGAGCCACAAGGCUGCUUCUGAGGGAUCUGAUUCUCCACGUCUCGCUGAUGCUUUUACUGCUGCAAUGGCUACAGUAGUUCGAGCUCCUCCCAAAGAUUUCCGAGUUGUGAGACAAGAAUGGGCUGCUAUUAGGAUACAAACCGCUUUUCGUGGUUUCUUGGCAAGAAGGGCUUUGAGGGCCUUGAAAGGAGUGGUGAGACUUCAAGCUCUAGUCCGGGGUCGCCAAGUGAGGAAGCAGGCAGCUGUGACGCUUAGGUGCAUGCAGGCUCUUGUUCGAGUUCAGGCGCGUGUCAGAGCUCGUCGUGUGAGAAUGUCUAUAGAGGGACAAGCUGUGCAGAAAAUCCUUGAUGAACACCGCAGCAAGGCUGAGCUCUUGAAACAAGCCGAGGAAGGAUGGUGUGAUAGCAAGGGUACGUUAGAAGAUGUCAAAACAAAGUUACAAUUGAGGCAAGAAGGAGCCUUCAAAAGGGAGAGAGCUAUUGCGUACUCUCUAGCUCAAAAGCAAUGGAGAUCGACGCUGGAUUCAAAUUCUCGAACAAAUUCUUCAUUGUAUUCUCUCAAGAAUCAAAAGUUUGACAAGCACAGCUGGGGAUGGAGUUGGUUAGAACGAUGGAUGGCAGCCAAGCCGUGGGAGACAAGAUUGAUGGAACAAUCCCAUGCUGAUUCCUCAGAGACCACUCCACCUUUAAAGAAUAAUUCUGCUGACUCCCUUGUUGGCAAACGCUCAAAAUCUUCAGAACCAUCCUCUGUGAAAGUAAGAAAGAACAAUAUCACAACCAGGAUCUCUGCAAAACCACCACAAAUCGGGCAAGCCACUCGCUCAUCUUCAAGCCCCAGUUCUGAAUUUCGAUAUGAUGAGAGCUCUGCUUCAUCUUCAUUCUGCACUUCUACUACGCCAGUUUCUGGAAACACUAUGUUAGCUUCAGAUAGAACAGAUGAUAGCAGCAAUAGUCGGCCAAACUACAUGAACUUGACUGAGUCUACUAAAGCCAAGCAGAAAGCAUAUACUCAUCCAUCUCAUAGAAUUCAAAGGCAGUCUAUGGAUGAGUUUCAGUUUCUGAAGAGGUCAGCUGUUUUCUCUAAUGGGGAUUCCAAAAGCACUGCUGGUUCUGACGCGCAUUUGGAAAAGAACUCCAUGAAACUAAGGUGAGAAGGGUGACCUGCUCAUAUGGUCAGCUGGGCUCAUUUAAUUUUGCUUUAGAAGAUCAACAGCUUGUUGUUCCCUUUUCCCUAUGAUGUUGAAUCUGUAUCAAAUUUACUAUGGUAGUGCUGUAAUAGUUGUAAAAUAUUUCAUUUUGACUAUGGAAUGUUUUGAGUACAAAAUUCAAGCCAGAAUUUUUAAAACAA